GUUCCUUUCUGUUCUGCUCACAUUACUUAGUUUAUAGUUGUUUUCUGUGUGGUUAAUCCUACAAAAACUAUUUAUCUAUAUUUAUUUGGAUUCAGGAGUAAAAAAUGUCUGUUGUCAAUAUGUCCACUGUGAGAGUUCCAAAAGCUUCCUUGUCUGGAACAGAACCUGCUAAGAGAUCUUGGGCUAUUGUCAAGAGUCCUUCAGCUUUGAGUUCUGUGAAGAACGUGUCUAAAGUAUUUGGUUUGAAAUCAUCCUUCUUUAGAGUGUCAGCAAUGGCAGUAUAUAAAGUGAAACUGAUUGGACCAGAUGGUGAUGAGAACGAAUUUGAAACCCCUGAUGACUCUUACAUUCUGGAUUCAGCCGAAAAUGCUGGUUUGGAGCUACCUUACUCAUGCAGAGCUGGUGCCUGCUCUACUUGUGCUGGCCAGCUGGUUUCAGGCUCUGUGGAUCAGUCAGAUCAAUCCUUUCUUGAUGAGCAGCAAAUGGAGAAGGGUUUUCUGCUAACAUGUGUCUCAUACCCAAAAUCAGAUUGUGUGAUUAAAACACAUAAGGAGGAAGAUCUAUGCUAAGUGAUAAUGUAUGUUUUUAGUUAGUUGUUCUAAAGUUUGAAUAUGGAUCAUGGUAGCUAGCUAUUUUGGAACUCUGUUGGUGUUUGUACAACUUUUUUAAAUCAAUCUAAAAUUAUGUGUAGCUUGAACCGUGUAGGUAACAU